AUGUCCAGAAAAAUUUUUGAUCUUGGUGUUUUGGAGCGUGGCGUUCUCACGUUCUUCAAUAGCCGUGCAGAUGCAAGUUCUUGUGUUCGCAGACGUGAUUACAAAUAUCUUGAUAAUAGUAAAGUUGUACCAAUGGUUGGAGGAGAUGGUGCUAUGUUCGUUUUACAAUAUAAUGAUGGUACAUGUCAUCGGCUAGCAGCAACUCCAGAUCCUUUUCACCCAGCAUCUGUGAACAGACAGAAAUGGGUGACAGCCCUGAGUGAGCACAUCAGGUUCUCAACUCACUAUGUUCAACAUGGUCUUGGAGUGGAUGAUGAUGAUGAUGAUGAUGACAUUGAUAGAACCAUAAAACCUCUAGGGUGUAUGUCUGAUGCUCUACAGACAGCAUCAGCACAACAGCAGCUUCUAGAACAACAGGUGGAGGAAGUCAUGGCGACCAUGGCCUCACUGGACCUAGAUCACUCGCAGCAGGGUGGUGUGCAUGAUGUCAUUAGGAGGUUCUCCUUGCUUUCUGGGACAGCACGAAAUAUGACUUCCAGCCUAACUCACUGCCUGUCUGUUAUGAAGCAACAAGAAGAGGUUAGAGAUCUGCAACUAAAAGAGGAGCGUGAGAAGGUGCGUGUAUUGGAGGAGUCACUGAGAGUGCUGGCUACAGAACACCAUGAGCUUGAGGAAUCCAUAGCCUCACAUGUGUCUUCCAAUGGGUCCUCCAUUUACAACACUCCUGCCAACUCCUAUGUGUCCCUGCCAAGGCCUAGGAGAUUCUUUGAUGCUGUCAGCGAUGAUGAAUUCUUUGAUGCAUUUUCACAAGAUGAUGAUGGGAGUGGAGGCCCUUUUGGGGCAGUCUUCCUUCCCGUGGGGGAAUGUUCAAAAAAAACCCCUUUAAUUUUGCGCCCCCCUCCCACUGACCCACAAUCUCCACAGUCACCCUCCCAUUUGCUUUCAAACAUUUCUGCACAGCCAGGUGCUCAGGUUUCUAAUAUGAAUACAACAAAUGAAGAAGGAGGGGGGACUUACUCUAUAUCAAGAUUUUAUACUGUUACUUCAACAGGACAUAUAAUAGAAUCUGGAGGAACUUACAUAGUGUCUCAAAGUGCUUGUCAUUCUGAAAAUGAAAAGGGAAAACAAUACAACAUCGCUAGGCCUGUGGGUUUUUAUUAACAUUUGGUCAAAAUGUUUGCUGGUAGUUCAUACGUCUCAGGAGAAGGUCGUAUAUAAACUUUGGGACAAAGGCCAGAACUCAAGCCCCAAAAAGAUACACCAUCACAUUUUUUUUUCAUUGCACUGGAGACACCUCUGAUCAGAACCUCUGACCUGAGUGAGCAUAGUGAUGGUAGUGAUGAAACUGUCACAAGUGACUCUCACCAUGGCUCUGAAGUUGAAGAAAAGUAAGUAACCAUGUAUAGCACUUCUAAUAAAAUUGUUUGAUAUGUAGAUGAGCAUGUAAUGUUGCCAUUCAUAAAGGUUACAGUGUUAAUGUAAUAUUCAAAUUUUUAUCUUGCAUCCUGUACAUACCACCAGAAUGUCUUUAUAUCAAUAUUUUUGUAAAAUAUAAGCUUUAUAUUUUUUGAAUGUUGCCUCUUCACUGAUGGGUCAAUGUUUCUUUUAUGAUUUGUAAAA